AAGUCUGAAAAGUUAUUGACCGUGUAAGGUCCGGAGAGUUUUGCGUCUCGCAUGUGACUCGCAUGCGUCUUCGUUUCUUGCAACGUGCGACUUUUAGAGGGCACUGCAAACACAUCCUGCUCUGGCAACGCGAAAGCAGUAUGCGCGAGUGUGCAAAAUGCCCCCAGUGAUAAAUAGUGCGCCAUCUCGUCAGUAGUGUUCGCCGUCGUCACAUCGUGGUGUGUCUUUCCGAUGUAUUGUAGAAUGUACUGUGCGCUCGGUGUGUGAUGUGAAUAUUUAAACGAAAACGAGAUCCCGCGAAAGUGUAUCCCACGAAAAAAAAAAAAAAUCUCGCAAACGAACCAAGUCCACGGCACAAUGACAUAGAAUUCGAAGUCAGAAACCAAGAGCCAACAUGAUGAAUCAGGCCGGUAGAAAACAACCGAGUGGAAAUAACAUUGACAAUUCACCGGAAAUAGCACUUGCUAAUGAAGUGUUUGAUCAGUUUUGCAACGCCAACACGUUGAAGUCCAUUCUCGGCUAUUACAGACAACUAUGCGAACUGUUGAAGAUCCGCCCAAAUGUCAUCAAUCACUUUUAUCCAAAAUUGAAGCUAAAGUUGCGAUCGUGGAAAGCGCAAGCGCUGUGGAAGAAGUUCGAUCAACGGGCUAAUCACAAAUGUUACAAUCGCGGGAAAGCAUGUCCGAACACAAAGAUUUUGAUAAUCGGUGGAGGUCCAUGUGGCUUGCGCACGGCCAUAGAGGCACAAUUGCUGGGAGCCAAAGUUGUUCUGGUGGAGAAAAGAGACCGGAUGUCCAGGAAUAAUGUUUUACAUCUAUGGCCGUUCGUCAUUCAGGAUCUGCGAAGUUUGGGGGCGAAGAAAUUCUUCGGAAAAUUUUGCGCAGGUUCCAUCGAUCACAUCAGCAUACGACAAUUACAGUGUAUUUUGCUGAAGGUCGCUCUGAUCCUUGGCGUGGAGUUCCACGAGAAUGUGAGCUUCGAUUACCUGAUACCACCCCCGGACAAUCAAGAAGACAGCAAAAUUGGCUGGAGAGCGAAAACUUCGCCAACGGAUCAUCCUGUAUCUCAGUACGAAUUCGAUGUUUUAAUCGGUGCCGAUGGCAAAAGAAACACCUUAGAAGGUUUUAAGCGAAAGGAAUUUCGAGGAAAACUAGCUAUAGCGAUAACGGCAAAUUUUAUCAACAAACGAACUGAGGCAGAGGCUCGUGUGGAGGAGAUCAGCGGAGUCGCUUUUAUUUUUAACCAAAGGUUUUUUAAGGAAUUGUAUCAAGAAACGGGUAUUGACUUGGAGAACAUAGUAUAUUACAAAGAUGACACGCAUUACUUUGUCAUGACUGCUAAAAAACAUAGCUUAAUCGAUAAAGGGGUUAUUGUACAGGAUCACGCUGAUACCGCGAAGCUGCUCGCGAAGGAGAACGUAAACCGCGAGGCAUUGAUGCUGUAUGCGCGAGAAGCGGCUGAAUUCUCGACAAAAUAUCAAAUGAUGGAUAUGGAAUUUGCAGUGAAUCAUUACGGCCAACCGGAUGUGGCCAUGUUUGAUUUUACUUCGAUGUACGCAGCGGAAAACGCGAGUCGCGUAUUGGAGCGUUAUAGUCACAGACUGCUCAUGAUCCUUGUGGGGGACAGUCUCUUAGAGCCGUUUUGGCCUACCGGUUCUGGUUGCGCAAGAGGAUUUCUAAGUUCCUUGGAUGCGGGCUGGGCAAUCAAGAGUUGGGGUGCCUUGUUUUCGCCGUUAGAAGUAAUUGCCGAGCGCGAAUCGAUAUACAGAUUGCUGGGACAAACGACACCGGAGAACUUGAACAGAGAUUACGCCGCGUACACUUUGGAUCCUCAUACCAGGUAUCCAAAUCUCAAUGUACAUUCUGUAACACCAAUGCAAGUGCACAAUCUUCUCGACACAGAUGAUCCUGAGAGCAUCAAGCAAUCCAUGAAACAGUACGAGAUCAAUGUUCCAAAGAAACGAAGACGUCACGAGACGAGGACUGACACUCAAGUUCAUCCUGACACAUUGCUUUGCUGGUUACAAAAGCAAGUUGCACUUUACGACAACGUUCAUAUCGAAGAUAUGAGCGUCUCAUUCAAAGAUGGUUUAGCUAUUUGUGCGAUCAUUCAUAAAUACCGUCCAGAUUUAAUCAACUUUCAUAGUCUGAAGGCGGAAGAUGUAGUGGAGAACAAUCAACUUGCCUUCGACAUACUGGAAAAGGAAUUGAACAUACCUCCAAUAAUGACUGGAGAAGAAAUGGCUCAGUGUGAUGUUCCUGACAAACUUGCCAUGUUCUCUUACUUGACGCAAAUAUACGAAGCUCUCAGAGGUGUGAGUCCACACGUGAAGCAUCCAAAAUACGAGACAGAAAUACAAGAUCACGUGACACAUCCAAAGCAAUUGAAACAAUUAUCACCCGAGGAAAAGAUUACGAGAAAGCACUCACGUUCACGACAUUCUGGUGAAAACGCGAAGUUGUACGUUGAUAAAGAAAACACGAUCAGCCGUCGUUGUCGGAAGAGACGCAGCGUCGAGAAAGUGAGCGCAGCGGAUGAGAGGCAGAAAAAGAACGAAAAAUUCGAGAAGUACCGAAACGAGUACAUGAAGAGGAGGCUGUAUUUAAGUAAACUGGUAACUCGACAGUUCUACAAAAGCAUGCAGAUGCUGCAAACAAAUGCGAAAACGAAAAAAGACGAACCUUUCGAAGAUUAUUCGAUUUUCUUGUACCGUCAAUCCGCACCAGAUUUCAAGGACAGAAUAAAAGAUUUAGAACAGAAAAUACUUUAUCCAGACAGAGAACCCAAGAUACACGCUAGUUACCAAAAGGGUAACACGGAGGAAGAAUUUUCGGAAAGAGUGAAACUGUUGGAGGAUAAACUGAAAGGAGUGGCAUGUACGGAGAAGAAACCCAAAGAUCUCUUACGCGCUAUCGGCAAGAUUGAGAAAACAGACUGGAAUGUGAAAGAGAUCGAGAAAAAAAUCGAGGAGAACAGAAUGGGUCGGGGCGUUCGACACGAUUAUGUGGAGAAGGUACCUAAGUGGAGUCGCGAACAGUUUUUAGCUCGGCAGAUCAAAAUGGAGAAGCGGAGCAACGGUCAGUCCGACAUUUACAGUAAGUACGCCGAAAUAGACAAUACCUUGAAGACCAUAGACAAGAAGAUUCGAGAGGGUAGCAAGGUUGGAUAUAAUAAAGUUUCAGUGAUGGCGGAACAAUUUUCCCCUAAAAAUCAGGAUGCUGAGAUCAAGCAGCAAAAAUCGAACGUUAAGCCCACCAUUGUGUUACCAGCCCAAGGAGGUUCAGAAAUAUGUCAUUUUUGCAAAAAACGAGUUUACUUAAUGGAAAGACUUAGCGCGGAAGGCAAGUACUUUCACCGUAGCUGCUUCCGAUGUGAAUACUGCUCCAUUUUGUUACGAAUAGGAAAUCACACGUUUGAUCGGGAGAAAAACGGAGGUCGCUUUUAUUGUACGCAACACUUUGGGCUUACGGAAACGAUAAAACCCGGAGUGGAUAAAAAGAGAAUCUUAAUGAACAAAGAAAAUGUAUCUAAUGCUGCAAAACUACCAGACGAGGAUCAGAGAUCAGUAGAACACAUUGGAUUUGAUCUGAUCGAUCGUAGUCAGACUCAAGAAAGAAUAGAAUUUGAAAAUUUGGCAGAAAUGUCAGAUCCCGAGGAGGCUCAUAGUCAAAUGGAUGAAGACGAAUGGACGGACAGAAACUUCGGCGCUUCAACUGCGGAAAUGGGAUCCAGUGACCACAUUUCUGACAUGAGUAGUUCUGAUGAAGAUAAUGAAGAAUACGAAAAAGCUAUAGAUCAGCCACUAACAACCCAAGCAACUACCGAGCUGGCUAAGAAUUGGACGCAGCGUUACUUCCAUCCACACGCUACAAUUGGACAAUCCGAUACUGGCAGUAACGAAUACGAAGAUUCUAGCGACGACUACACUAGUGAAGACGAUGAAAGCAACAGUGGAACCGAAGACGAGGAAGACGUGCGCGCGAGGGAGCUGCGAAAGCAGGAAGUGUGGUUGAAGAUGCCACUGCGUUGCUCCGAUUCUGACACCGGCUCGGAAACGGAGGUAGCGUCGUCGGAGGACGAGUCGACCGAGGAAAAUAGGAAAAGUUCGGCAACAGAAAUUUCGACCGAUUCGGAAUUCGAACACGAUGAAGUGACCCCGACGCAGCACGAAGUUCCCGAAAUCACUAUCAACGAUUUGUACGUGCGUAAAACAAGAGGUUCUUACGUGGAACCUAAGAAAGUUCAAAUAAAGAGUAAGGUAAUCUCUUUGGACAAGAACAACUUGAACCAGAAGAAACAAGAGAUAGACAGCAAACAGUUGCUGGAAGAUGUCAAACGCGAACCGAACAAAGAUGAGAACUGCGUUGUCUCGGGUUCUGUCGACGCAAAUAUCAAUAUACCAUUGGUGAAUCCACGAAAGGGAGAUUAUCUUCUAAAUCGUACUCACUCCACCGGAGGACUCGCCUCGAAACUCUCUUUGGAGUUGAAGAAACGCUACCUGCUGGACGGAUCAGCCUUGGGUGGUUCGAUUGUAAAGUCAGACUCGGCGUCAAAUGUGGACACAAAGUUGAGAAACUUCACCGAUGCCAUUUCUCAACAUCAGAAGUUACUGAAUCCGGCGCCUGAACCUAGUCCUAAUAUGGUAGCUUUUCUCCAAGGUACUGGCAAACUACGGACUAACAAUACGCCGCUUUCCCCGAUCUCGCCUACAACCUUAUUUUCGCAGCAAAUGUCGGACGACCGUCGAAAUCCGUCGCGCGACGUUACUCACAAACCGACGACCCUGAGAGAAAUGUUCAAGUCGCAACAGUUACCUGAUUUAGUGAAAGAGUCCAGUAUCAUGAAGUCGAAAACGGCGCCCAACAUAUGCGACAAGUCUUCGCUGAACGACAGGGAAGAAAUGGACAAACGACUGAUGAUUAAUCAUCAAACUGGCAAUGUGUCGAAUAACGGCGCGAAAGUCAACUCUCAAAAUGCGGAAAACAUCAUUUUGAACAACGCUAAAGAGAGCAACAGGUCGUACAGCCCUUUCCACGAGACGUCUAUCGUCGUUCCGCAAGUAGAUUGGGACAAGAAAAAAGAGGAGGACAAAAAUGUCAGUCUGAGCGACUCCGACAUAGAUACCGACUCCUUGUCUUCUUCCGAUUUCAAAGAAGCGGUCGAGAACGACGAUCGUCACGUAGCUGUGAAUCAUCCUUUGCCGAGAUUGCAAAUUCACAGCACCGAUGGCGAUCUCGUACUGGACGAGGGAUGCGACAGAUACAAGUAUUACGAUCCCGACAACGAUCAAACCUUCGAACCGGAUUCUAUUGAAGUAUCAUUUCUGCGCGAUCGUCGAUUAGACAGACAAUGCGUUCUGAACGAUCCGUCAUUGGGCAACGCGCACGCUGUCGAAGCUAUAAAUAACAAUGUGGAACGGUUGAAUCUGCGAGACAACAGCAACAACUGCAACAGUCCAACUUCCGAGCACUCGCUUCCGAUAUCCGACGAGCACGAUGAUUCCGAAGAAAACGACGUCACCACCGCGGCGUUCACCGAAACGGAAUUUUCCGAUUGGGCUCGGGACGAGGAAGGUUUGGUUUCCACCGAUCUCUGCGACGACGGCAUCGAUAUCGGUAAUAUCACUAUACGUAGAAACAAAGCGAAAGUAUCUUCUGCUGCCUCUGCCAAAACUGCCAAAGUGGAAAACAACACGGAUCUCAACUAUUUCAAGCUCAAUCGUAUACUCGAUCAAAAAUAUCCGAACAACAGCAUAUCGAAACUACUGAUCAACAAUGAAGACAUUAACUACAUGGACACGGACAACGAAUCGUUACUGGACGAUAGUCUCCAGGACGCCUCCAACUUUACCUUGUUGAAAACCCGAAGCUACACCGAAUUUGUGAACGACAGACCGCCUCUCUAUAUUCCAAGUUUAACGAAUAUAUCGCACAAUGUAGCAAGCACUGACGCACCAAUAGCGAGGUUGGAAAACGAUUCCGGCGAAGAAGAGGAAGAGGAAGAGGAAGAAGACGAAGAAGGAAGAUUUAAGGACGUAAAUGUGAUCAAAAUUAAUCCCGUAACUAUGGAGGAUGUUUUGAGCAAGCAACAUAAACCUGUCGGCAAACCAGAAACCAAAGAACAAACCCAAGAGGAACUCGAGAGAAACGCGGAACCGGAACAAUUAGCGGAAGCUUUCAAUACGAAACUGCUUCAAUCGUUGGAAGAAGACAGUCUGCUGGUAACGGAACCGGAAGACACGACCAUAAGCGAAGUUACGGUGCUUGCAAGUCCAGUUAGUCCUCCGAGAUCGGCAGUUACUGCGGAAGUAACGGAAAACCGAGAUAAUCCAUCUGAAGCGGAUGACAACUGCUACAACGAGGCCGAUUAUCUGGAAUACAAAAAGGGACUGGAGUCCCGAAUCGACUUCAGCAACGUGAAAGAUUCCAUCGACGUGAGAAAAUCGAGACCAAAGAAAAUUGCGACGCAAGUUGCGCGCGUUGCGGAUGUGAGCGCGAACGAUAAUCACGCCAAUUCGCCGGCAACCUCCAGAAAACUCGAGGAGAUCACCAAAGAGCGAUCGAAACAGAAGAAUGUUAUUGAAGAUCUUCUGAUGGACAAGCUUGAAGCGUACAAACAAAAAUCGGCCGAGAAAAAAGCCCGAAGAGCCGCCAGAAAUUCACCCUUCAGUGCGACGCAAUCGCCGUUAAAAUUAUCGUCUAAUGUUGCUUCUAACGAUAGCGUGUUCGUGCCUACUUCCGUUGUAUUGCCAACGAGCAGUCCCGAUCGUACGGUUUCCGACGAAACGAGUAAAUCGCAAAAUGUUUCUCCGUUCUCGCGUCGCGAGCAAUGCGAUCAGACAGAAUCUAAGGAAAACAUUUCGAACAAGCUCGAUCAUUUGUCCCGGAUACAGAUGACAGACGACAAGUUGAUCAUCACCAAUACGGAAAGUGUCUUGAGGAAAGAACUGGCGCCUCUAAAACUGAAGAACGAAGAAGCGAAGAUAAUUAGCGAGAGGACUAAGCAAGACGUCAGAGACAAGAUCAGAAUAAAGAGCGACGAGGAUUUAGCUUUAAGCACGGAAGACAAACUCAAGGAGCUAAGACUGAUGGCGAUUCGAAGACGACUCUCGAUACAGGAUACCUCGGAAACCGGACGAGUCAGACCUUACGCCAAGAUGGACAAUUCCGAGUUGAGGUUGCAAACCAGCAAGAGCACCGACAAUAUGAAGAACAUCGCGAAAAAGCCUAAUUACGAGAUGCUACUGGCUGUUAAUGCAAAAUCGAUGGACGAAUUGUCGAACGCCGCGAGUUAUUUGAAUAACGACAACGUGGCGAGAAUUAAGGACAGAAAAAAGUCCAAGGAUCUGGACAGAAGAAGGAGCAUCAUACAAGCGGUGUCGGAUUUCUUCUUCAAGAAAGAAUCUAGUUCGUCUGGUUCGUCACCCUAGUUAGAAAAAACGUUGUCAAUGUUCAGCCUAACUGUGAGAUCAACGGAAGAACGAUGUCCAAAAAUAUAUAUACAUCGAAAAAGCUGUAGUAAUAUUUAGCGGAAAGCGGAGAGACCGAUGCGAGACGGAUUGGGGCACGGAAAGAGAACUCGAUUUGCUAAGAUAUCUAUGGGGCGAUAUACCAUAGAGAAAAAAAGUUGAAUAAAGAAAUAUACCUGGACGUGUUUUACGAAGAUAUUUUUAAUCUACGAUUAUUAGGUAGAUUGCGCAUUGCACGCGAACAAAUACGUGAAGGUAUGAUGUGUUCCCCGUCAAGAAGAAAAGUCACAGAUUGUAAACAGAUAAUUCUAUAUGUAAUAGAAAGAAACGCGAUAAAAAUAUUUUAGAUAAAAACUGUUUUUAAUAGUAUAGAACAUACACACACGCACACGCGCGCACACACACAUACACAUACACACACAUGUUUAUAUAAUCCUCAUCAUUUUCCUUCUCGAAAACUUAUAUAUAUUUAUUUAUAUACACGUGUAUUUAACUUUAAGAUAGGUUAAAACAUGCUUAUUUAAUUAAUAUUCAUAAAGUCAGUUAAACGGCAUAUUAUAAUUUCUUAAAAAUUUUACAACGCAAAUAAUAAUACGUAUAUAUAUUAAUUUGCAUGCAAUGAGUAUUGCGUGUUACUGACCUAAAUCAGUGUAUUUUGUAUAUAUAAGUAAUAUUUUUAAGUGCUCUAAUUUUUUAUAAAAAUGGCAAUGUA